AUGCCUCAGGAUGAUGCUCUCAUUAUCGAGUUACGAGUAAAUAAGUUUGCCAUUAAGCGUAUUCUGGUCGAUCAAGGAAGCACAUCUAAAAUAAUGUAUUACAAAACGUUCCUCAAGCUCAGCCUCAAGGAUGCAGAUCUCAUGCCGACUGAUUACCCUCUUUUCACCUUUAAUGCCAAACCAGAAUACCCUAUGGGUAAGAUCGUAUUACUAGUGCAUGUAGGCACCAAGACGCUAGAAGUUGAAUUCCUAGUCGUCAAGCUUUCAUCACCCUAUAAUAUGGUCAUGGGUCAAACAUGGCUCCACGCAAUGAAGGUCCUACCGAGUACUUACCAUAAGCUCUUUCGUUAUCUAACUCAGUGUGGCAUUGAGCAAAUCUAUGGUUCACAGAGGUCAACAAAUGAUUAUUAUCUCACAGCCUUGGUGAAGAAGUCAAAGGAUCUGGAAGUGAAUUCAAUUACAGUUUCGGACUAG